AUGGAAUGACAAUUCAUUUUAGAGUCGUGAAAUGUGUGUGGGUUUAACAACUUCAUAAUUUAAAAGAUUACUACGAAAAAACAAAUCAUAAUAUUACAAUGGCCACAACAUUAGAAGACAAGUCAAUUUGGGAGGAUGGCGAGGAAGCUCUCAGUGAGGAAGUUCUUCGCAUGCCAACCGAUGAAAUCGUAAGUCGAACCCGACUUUUGGACAAUGAAAUCAAAAUAAUGAAGAGCGAAGUGAUGAGGAUCUCGCACGAGCUGCAGGCUCAAAAUGAUAAAAUUAAAGAAAACACGGAGAAAAUCAAGGUCAAUAAGACGCUACCGUAUCUCGUAUCGAACGUCAUUGAACUUUUAGACGUGGAUCCGCAAGAGGAGGAAGAAGACGGUGCCGUCGUCGACCUAGACUCACAGCGUAAAGGGAAAUGCGCUGUAAUCAAGACUUCAACCCGUCAAACAUAUUUCCUGCCCGUUAUCGGCUUGGUAGAUGCAGAGAAACUCAAACCAGGAGACUUGGUAGGAGUCAACAAAGACUCUUAUUUGAUCUUAGAAACGCUCCCAGCGGAGUAUGACGCCAGAGUAAAGGCAAUGGAGGUAGAUGAGAGACCAACUGAACAAUACUCAGAUAUUGGAGGUCUGGAUAAACAGAUACAGGAAUUAAUUGAAGCUGUAGUUUUGCCUAUGACACAUAAAGAGAAAUUUGUGAAUCUCGGCAUCCACCCACCCAAAGGAGUUCUUUUAUAUGGACCUCCUGGUACAGGGAAGACAUUGCUGGCGAGAGCUUGCGCUGCUCAAACCAAGUCUACAUUUUUGAAGCUGGCUGGUCCACAACUUGUGCAGAUGUUCAUUGGUGAUGGCGCCAAGCUUGUUCGUGACGCAUUUGCAUUGGCCAAAGAGAAGGCCCCAGCAAUCAUCUUCAUUGAUGAACUGGACGCUAUUGGUACAAAGCGUUUUGAUUCAGAAAAGGCUGGAGACCGUGAGGUGCAGCGUACUAUGUUGGAGUUGUUAAACCAGCUUGAUGGUUUUAGCUCAACUGCUGACAUCAAGGUCAUUGCAGCUACCAAUAGAGUGGACAUUUUGGACCCUGCUUUGCUCAGAUCUGGACGUUUGGACAGAAAAAUUGAGUUUCCUCAUCCCAAUGAAGAAGCCCGAGCUAGAAUUAUGCAGAUCCAUUCUCGUAAAAUGAAUGUAAGUCCAGACGUUAAUUUCGAAGAGCUGUCGCGUUCGACUGAUGAUUUCAAUGGCGCCCAGUGCAAGGCGGUCUGCGUCGAAGCUGGUAUGAUAGCGCUGCGACGUUCAGCAACUGCCGUCACUCACGAAGACUUUAUGGACGCCAUACUGGAGGUCCAGGCUAAGAAAAAGGCCAACCUUAGCUAUUAUGCUUAGUUGUAUUAAAUAUAAAUAAUUUGUAUAAAUAAAAAUUUACUUCAAA